AUGACAUCAACAAGAAGUCAAGAAUGGAGUGGAGGUCUGGAUAAGAAGGGUUUAGCGGGGGAAAUGACCUCAGCUAUCUGCCUCUCCGUGUCUCUCAUUCUUCUCGAGUUCCGGCCGCCUUCAGGACUCGCCCGCUCAUCGGUGCUGCAUGCUUCCCGUUGCCUCUGUUUGUCUGAUAAAGCUAUAAAGAGUCAUUAUCAUCUCGCCCAUUCAAAGCAAAUGACGAGUUCUCAUAAAUCAGCAUUUUCCACAGACAUGGUGUUCAAGACUCAUCAUGAUUUAAUUGAAUGGGUACAAAAUAAAGGACGUUCACUUGGUUACAUUAUCAUCAUUAAAAGAACCAAGGUAAAACCAAGUGGGUGGAUAUCUAAAACUACACUUAUGUGUGAUCGUGGUGGAAUCUACAAAAGCGUCAAACCCUCUACUAGAAAUACCAAGUCAAAAAAAAUUAAUUGUCCAUUCCAAUUGGCUGGAAAACACUCGAAGUUGUAUGGUAUUUGGACUUUACAAGUGGUAUGUGAAAAACAUAAUCAUGAACCUGCAUCAAGUAUGGAGGGUCAUCCAUAUGCAAUGCGAUUGUCUGAUAAGGAAACUCGUUUGGUGGUUGAUUUGAUAAAGAAAAAUGUGAAACCAUCUGAUAUUUUAUCAACAUUAAAGGAACAAAAUAAAGAUAACGUGUCUUCACUCCAAACGAUAUAUAAUGCACGCCAGAAAUACCUCGGGAAGUUAAAAGAGUUAACCAUUCCAUCAACCGAAGAACCUUUUAGACGUAUGAACCAUGAACCAUUGAGACAUAGUUCGUAUAUGGAGCAAAAAAACCACUCAUGCUCAUACAUAAAUCAAUUACCUAAUUUGUUUCAUCCGUAUAUAACACACAUACAUAAUGUAAAAAGUGAUGGAAACUGUGGGUUUCGAGCGAUAGCUGUUUGUCUUGGUUUUAAUGAAGAUGCAUGGCCAACUAUUCGAUAUGAUUUAAUGGAAGAGUUGAAUACACAUAGGGAUGAAUAUGAUGAGAUUUUUGGACGGGAAUGUCGGUUAAAACUUCACAACUCUUUGAAUUUUUUUCGUUCGGAUAUAGCUGCGUCUUUGGAGUAUUGGAUGACUUUGCAUGAUAUAGGUAUCCUGAUUGCUUCAAGGUAUAAUGUAAUAUUACAUUGUUUGAAUGUUGGAGAUAGUAUGACCUAUUUACCGCUUCGGUCUACUCCGCCUGUAUGGUAUCAACAUGUGGCUAUUGCGGUUGGACAUGUUAAUGAUAACCAUUAUGUCAAAUUAGAUUUACAAGGAGGGUAUCCAAUGCCUCCGGUUGUGCCUCAAUGGGUUCAUUUCAAACAUGUGUGUGCUUCCGCAUGGGUUACUCCGUAUAUUAAUCGACUAAAUAUGUAUGCUCAACAUUAUAAUGCUCGAUAUUAUUAGAAGUGUUUAAAAACUUGGUUGAAACUAGUUCGUUUGUUAUAUUAUUUGUGCUUUAGCUUGUAUGUUUAACUACCGAC